CAAGAACCUCAGCUGAGAAUCCUGAGUCCUGGCCACUGAACCCUGAGAAACAAGAGCUCAUCACUUCAAGCUUGGGUUGUCUUGUAGUUACAGGGUGUUUUAUUGUUCCUGGACUCAAACCAUGGCAGACAGAGACUGGGGAAACCAAACGGCCAUCACAGAAUUCAUCCUUCUGGGAUUUGGGGAUCUCCCUGACCUGCAAAUUCUUCUCUUCCUGAUGUUCCAAGUGAUCUACAUGGCAACCGUGGCUGGGAACACCCUCAUCGUGGUGCUCAUUGUGGCUGACCAGCACCUUCACACCCCCAUGUACUUCUUCCUGGGCAACUUGUCCUGCUUAGAGACCUGCUACACCUCAACCAUCCUGCCCAGGUUGCUGACCAGUCUCCUGACUGGGGACAAAACCAUCUCAUUCGGUGGCUGCAUCACACAACUGUAUUUCUUUGGUUCUCUGGCAUGUACAGAAUGCUAUCUCCUAGCAGCGAUGUCUUAUGAUCGGUAUUUAGCGAUAUGUAAACCCCUGCACUAUUCAACUCUUAUGAAUAGCAAGUUUUGUCUCCAAUUGGCUGCUGGGUCAUGGUUAAAUGGUUUUUUGGCUUUUACCAUCUUUGUCUUAUUCGUAUCGCAGUUAAUAUUCUGUGGCCCAAAUGAAAUUGACCAUUUCUGUUGUGAUUCCAUCCCACUGAUGGAACUCUCCUGCAGUGACACGCACCAGGUCAUACUGGUGAAUUUCAUAAUAGCCUGUGUAUUCACCCUGCCUCCAUUCCUACUUACCCUGACAUCCUACAUGUGCAUCAUCUCCACCAUCCUGAGAAUCUCUUCCACCACUGGGAGACAAAAGGCCUUUUCCACCUGCUCCUCUCACCUCAUUGUGGUGACAAUUUUCUAUGGAUCCAUAAUGACUGUGUAUCUGCUACCAAAAUGUGAUACACUGAAAGACCUGAACAAAGUGGUGUCUCUUUGCCACACGGUCCUGACUCCCCUGGUAAACCCCCUCAUCUACAGCCUGAGAAACAGAGAGGUCAAGGAAGCCUUGUGCAAAGCAGUCAGUAAAUGUGGCUUUCACAACAACGUGCAGAUACACCUACAUAAUAAUGUAACUUGACGUUUUCAAAGCUACCUGGGUGAUUUCAGCCAUCAGCCCCCAUUAAAAUUAAGUUGAAAACUCCCUUUGAAAAUCUCAGCACUCAGUGUUGUCCAUCUCAGCGGAAGGAUCAGGGUGGGAGAUGGCCAUAACCAUGUUUCCUUCAUGGAGUUUUUAACUGGGCAGUAGGCAAAGUGGAGAC